AUGCAGCCGCAUGGCCUCGCUGCGCCUCACCGGCUGCCCGCCGCCGACCCGACCCGCGCCGGCCGCCUGGCCGCCCUCGCCGGCCGCCUGCGCCGCGCCGACGCCGCUGCCGCAAUCGCGCCCAUGACCGCACGCACCACUCCCGGCUGCCGCCCGCGGGCUCAUGUCCGCGCGCCCGGGUCCGUUGCGGCCGCGUACGCUGGGCCGACCCCCUCCGCCAAUCCCGACACCAGCGCCCCGCGCGCGCCGCGCGCCGAGGGCGGCAGGCCGGCGGUCGGGGACGAGCUCGAGCUGACCUGCGAGCGCCUCGGCGGCGGCGCGCGUGGCAUCUGCCUGGCCCCCGGCGGCUUCGUCCUCAUGGUGCCCCGCGCGCUGCCCGGCGAGCACCUGCGCGCACGCGUGACUUUAAUUAGGGACCGCUACGGCGAGGCCGAGCGCCUCGAGACGCUCGCGCCGCACGCGCGCGCCGCGCCGCCGCCGUGCCCGCACCACGCGGCCUGCGGCGGCUGCCCGCUGCAGGCACUGCAGUACGACGCGCAGCUGGAGGAGAAACGGAACACAGUCGCGCAGCUGCUCACGCGCGUGGGCGGUGUACCGCGGGAGGAUCUGGACCGGAUUGUCGCGCCCGCCGCCGGCGCGCCGCCGGGGCGGCGGCUGGGGUACCGCAACAAGCUGCAGUUUGCGUUUGGCGCCAAGACCUGGUCCGGCCUGCCCGAAAACGGCGGCGGCGACGGCGGCGGCGCGAGGCUGGCGGCGGCCGCCGCCGCGGACGCGGCGGCGCGGGGCCUGGGCCUCGGGUUUCUGAAGCAGGGGACGAGCGAUGUGGUCGUUCCAAUAGGGGAGUGCCUGCUGCAGGGCGCCGCGGGCAACCGCGCGCUCGCGGCCGCGCGGGCCGCGGCGGCGGCGCUGGGGCUGGAGCCGCACGACGCGCCGUCUGGCCGCGGCGUGCUUCGGCACCUCAUCAUCCGCAGCGCCGGCGAGGACGGCGGCGGCGGCGGCGCUGGUGAGGCGGAACAGGCGGCCGACCCCAGGCCCGGCAGUGGCCGUGGGAGCCCCGCCGGCGUGCAGCUGCAGGUGGUGAUCGUCACUAGCGAGUGCCCGUCGGGUGACGUCCGCCCGAUGGCGGAGGCAAUACGGGCGAGCGUGCCUGAGGUGGUGUCGGUGGUGCACAGCGUUGCAGCAGCGGCGCCAGGCGGCGGCGGCGGCAGCAGCGGCAGUAAAGCCAGCGACAGCAGGGGCGGGCGGCGGCCGCGCGGCGGCGGGCGUGGGCGGCAGCAGCAGCAGCAGCAGCGGCGGCGGGAGCCGCAGCCGCGCGCCGGCGGCGACGGCGGCAGCGACGACGAGGGCGACGGCGGCGGGGGCGGUGCCGCCGACGCGAGGGGCGGUGCGCGGGCGCUGCGCGUCGCGCGCAGCGAGGUGUUGCUUGGGGCGCCCACGCUCGAGCAGCGGCUGGGCGGCCUGCGCUUCUCGGUCGGCCCCCACUCGUUUUUCCAGACCAACGGCCGAAUGGCGGAGGUGCUGUAUGAUCUGGUCGCGGACGCGGUCGCGGAAGCUAUGGGGCAGCUGCCCGCCGGGUCCGUCGUGCUGGAUCUGUACACAGGGACGGGCACGAUCGCGCUAUCGCUGGCCCGGCGCCUUGGCCCCGGCGUGCGUGUGGUCGGCGCAGAUGUCAAUUCGGAGGCGAUCGCCGACGCGAGGAGCAAUGCCGAGGCAAACGGCGGCGGCGGCGCCCGGUUCGUGUGCGGGGACUUGGAUCGCUUGGUCGAGGAGGAGGGCGCGCUCGGGUUGGGAGGCCGCGGCGGCGGCGUUGGGGUGGUGGUUGUCGACCCCGCGCGCGCCGGCAUGGGCCGGCCGGUCGUGGAGUUCCUGCGGCGCUCCGGCGCCGCGCGCGUGGUGUACGUGUCGUGCAACGCGGCGACGCAGGCGCGGGACGUUGCGCGGCUGGCGGGGGCGUACGCGCUGCGGUCUGUGGUGCCGGUGGACCUGUUUCCUCAGACCGAGCACGUUGAGACGGUGGCGUUUUUGGAGCGCGUUGGCGGCUGA